AUGGCGGAGCAACCAUCGCCAGCUGCGGUUGGCACCCUGUACGACCAGUUCUCUGACCUGUGCACCGAUAUAUUUGGCGGAUGCAUUCAUUUCGGCUACUUCGAUAAUCCUGCCGAAAGACUGGCCAUCGGUGCUGCUACCGACCGCUUAACAAGUCUGGUCGCCGAGCGGCUCAGCCUUGGCCCAGGCCAGCGCAUCCUCGAUGUUGGGUGCGGCACUGGCAAGCCCGCGGCGCAGAUUGCCAGUGCUGCCGGCGCCAGAGUUCUGGGGAUAAGUAUCAGCAACCGGCAGAUCGAGCUCGCUCAGGCGCAGUACGGAACGACCAGACAGCCAGGACAAGUCUGCUUCCAAUUCGCCAAUGCCAUGGACAUGCCGUUUGCUGAUGGAUCUUUCGAUGGUGCCUACGCCAUUGAAUCGCUGUUCCACAUGGAUGAUAAAGCAACUGCGCUCGCUCACAUUGGGCACACGCUUCGCCCUGGCGGCCGACUGGUCAUUGCAGAUUUCUUCCUCGACGAGCCACUGGCAGGGUCUGAUGCAGACAUCUUGACUCAGUUCUGUCAGCUAUGCCAAGCACCGCCGCUUUGCACCGCCAGAGAAUACCGUGAUCUGCUUCAACAGGCCGGGUUCGAGGUCAUUGAGUUCACGGACAUCAGAAACAACGUGCAGCGCAAUUACGAGGUCAUGGCCGCGGCGCUCCGUCAGAAAGCAUUGUUGCUCGACGAAGCGAGCGGGGAACAGCUUCGAGGAGGGGCCUCAAUCGUGGAGCAGAUGGUGGUCACGAAAACCGUGGGCUAUGUCCUAAUGACGGCCACUCGCAUGCAGCAUGAGGAAGGCAAGACAAUGGUACAUUGA